AUGUCUAAAUUGGCUCUGCCCUUGUUCAUGCGCCGAACAAAGGCUUCGCUAUCACAUACAGAGAAAGUCUCGUUUUUGGACCUGUUAUCUGUCAAAGAUGACAAACUAGCAAACAAGCCAGCGCAAAGCACAGUGAAUUUGAAAAGACUAGAACAUAACCAUUUUGACGGCAUCACGUUUGCUUUGAAUCACAUUCGCGAUCUUCACAGCAUAGAAAACAUUCAAAGCCGAAGUGAUUUCUUGAUUGACCACAAAAGACUGACUCUGAAGGGCGUCCCUAUACAUGAGGCCAUUACUAAAGCCAGAACCGAUGAGACCCUGGUGAGGAUAUUUGAUGAGCUGCUACUGACUGAAAAGCUCACACGUGACCUGUUGGUGGCGAUUCUUAUGAACCCGAAUUUCCAGAGCAUGCCAUCGAUACUAAAGAAACUGAAACGAUCCACCAUGUUCCUCACCAAUUGGACAGGGGCGGAUAAGAGGUGCGUGGAACUAGCGGUGUGUCAUCAGAAGUCACUAUUAGGGGACAACGUGCAGAAUGCUGUGGAAAAGAGAAAAUCCUCGUGGAUUUCCGCCAUUCAGCGAAACGAACUUCAUUCGCCGUAUGACAGAAUUGCAUGGCAGUUGCUGUUGAGUCAUUUGGACGUGCAAGAGAUAGCCGAUUUGGUGCUAAACUUCCCAAACCACUCGGAACUGCUCUUUUCUGCCUGGAUUUAUAGUCCUCGAGAUAUUGAGCUGUUGAGUUAUGUCUCCGAAUCGGAGCCCUUGAACCAAACUUGUGCCAUUGCUUUGCGUUUGAUCAAAUACGAAGACAUAGCAUCAAGCCCCGAGUUACUUCAGCUACUGGCUGAUUGCACCAAGUACUCAUUCAGAAUGAGUGGAACUAUCGAUGCCUUGAGAUGGAGCGAAGCCAUAAGAACAUUCACUUCGGUAUUGAUCACGAAACUUGACCCACAAGACAAACGACUGGUGUCUUUGGUGGACGAGCUGAAUGAAAUGAAUUCAGGGAAUACCAGAAUAUACAACGAUCUGAAAUUAUUCAUACCUAGUUCUGCCUAG